AUGGCACUGGGAGGAGCCUUCAGCAUCUUUAUGGCACUUUGCUUGUCUUGCCUGCUCAUCCUGAUUGCUAGGAAGAGGACCAGUAAGGGAGGAAAGCUGCCCCCUGGCCCCACACCAAUACCAUUUUUGGGGAACUUCUUACAAAUCCGCACUGAUAGCACAUUUCAGUCCUUCCAGAAGCUGCAGAAAAAAUAUGGCUCUGUGUUCACCGUGUACUUUGGUCCAAGGCCAGUGGUUAUCUUAUAUGGGCAUGAGGCAGUGAAGGAGGCCCUGGUGGACCAGGCAGAUGACUUCAGUGGCCGUGGUGAAAUGCCUACAGUAGAGAAGAACUUCCAAGGUUAUGGUUUAGCUNUGUCCAAUGGAGAACGAUGGAAGAUUCUUCGGCGUUUUUCCCUGACUGUCCUUCGAAACUUUGGGAUGGGGAAGCGGAGCAUUGAGGAGCGGAUCCAGGAGGAGGCUGGCUACCUACUGGAGGAGCUCCAUAAGGUCAAGGAUAGGCUGAUACUAGGUGUGGCCCAGAUUAAAGUGGAUCUUCUCACAUCAAAGAUCCAGAUUCUGCUUCCAUUUCCCAUACUCUUCUUGCCCACCACAAGCACACCAGCCUCCUCUUGCCAUUCCGCUAAAACCCCAGACAUAGGAAAAAGGAAGAUAAGGGGUCAAGGGCAUGAUUCUGUUAACAGCCUCCUUCACUUUCAGGAUAAAAGUGACCCCCACACAGAAUUCAACCUCAAGAACUUGGUUCUCACCACCCUGAACCUCUUCUUUGCUGGCACAGAAACUGUGAGUUCCACGUUACGGUAUGGAUUCUUGCUGCUGAUGAAGUACCCUGAGGUGGAGGCCAAGAUCCAAGAGGAGAUUAACCAGGUGAUUGGAACACACCGUACCCCAAGAGUGGAUGACCGGGCCAAGAUGCCCUACACUGAUGCUGUCAUCCAUGAGAUACAGAGAUUGACAGACAUUGUUCCCCUGGGUGUCCCCCAUAAUGUCAUACGGGACACACAUUUCCGAGGCUACUUCCUACCCAAGGGUACAGACGUGUAUCCCCUGAUUGGCUCCGUCCUCAAAGAUCCCAAAUACUUCCGCUACCCAGAUGCUUUUUAUCCUCAACACUUCCUGGAUGAACAGGGGCACUUCAAGAAGAAUGAUGCCUUUGUGGUCUUUUCCUCUGGAAAGCGCAUCUGCGUUGGAGAGGCCCUGGCCCGCAUGGAACUCUUCCUUUAUUUAACGUCCAUUCUUCAGAGAUUCUCCUUACGUUCUCUGGUACCUCCUGCUGAUGUUAACAUCGCUCACAAAAUCUCAGGCUUUGGCAACAUCCCACCAACUUAUGAGCUCUGCUUCAUGGCCCGCUGAGUGCCCACUAUGAGACCAGCCAAGAGUCAUCUGAGAGCUGAGCUCUGCUGGAGUUCACACACAUGCCUUCUCCCUUCAAUCCUCCCUACUCCUUGAAGAGAAGUCACUCUCAU